AUGGCGGAGAUCGACACAAGGCCGCUUGAAUCUGUGAGGUCAGCAUUGACCCAUUUCCAGCAGAGAACUGAUCAUCACACCAGGUUCAGCCCUGAUAGAAAUCUGCAGGAGAUCGAGAACCUGACGAAGGAGCUCGCGAGAUGCAGGCUGCAACUCGAAGUCAAAGAGAACGAGAAGAUGCAGGCCAACCUGAAGCUUGAAACCCUCCGAAAUGUAAUGCAAGAACUGUCCGGUGAGUACGAAAAUCGGAUAGCUCAUCUCGAAGCUGACGAACGGAUGAUCGCACGGCAGCAACCUGAAGCCUCCGAAGAGUGCAGGGCUCUGAGGGAUGAACUGACCGUCGUCAAAGACGAGCUCGACGCCGUCAAGAGCUCGAACGCCCUUCUGCUGAGAGAGAUCGAGCUGAUGGAGACGACGAUGGUGUUGGAGAGGGAGAACACCAAGGAUGCUCUGAGCCACAUACUGCGGCUCAACGAGUAUGUCCUCGCGUCCGCCGUCGCGGCGAUCAGGGCGGAGGAGGAGAGGUCGGUGUUCUUCCAGGAGAUCGCGCUCGAGCUCUUCAACUCCGACAAGAACCGCGAGGUGAUCGAGCGGCAGCUGGAGAUGGUCGAGAGCCUGGAGAGUGAGCUGGUGGCGAAGACGGUGGAGAUCGCUUACCUGCAGUCGGAGCUGCAGCAGGUGAAGGAGCACUGCGUUUCGUCAGAAGCUGCUGCUGCUUUGGCAUCAGAAACCAUGGCAAGAAACCAAGAACAGCAGGCGACGGAAGCCGCGCGGGGCAAUGCCGACGCGGAGGCUGUGAUCGCCGGCGGCGGCGGCGGCCUCGUCACGUUGGUCUCCAGAGAAGACGGCGGCGAGCAGCUCUACACGAAGGAGAUCGAGAACGACCAGCAGGCGGCGGGGCUCGACGGGUACGUGCUCGUCGCAAAGAGCAACGCCGACGCGGAGGAGGAGCUGAAGGGGAAGCUGGACGCGGCGCAGGCGGAGAUCGGCCACCUGCGGUUCAGCCUGGAGGAGGCGGUGAGGCGGGCGGAGCUGGCCGAGAAGGCGAAGGCGGCGCUGGAGAGAGCGCUCAAGGAGGACAUCCAGAAGAAGGCCCAGCGCCCGCGCUCGCAGCUGCCAAAGACGCCGUCCCGGGCGCCGGCGCCAUUGGCGGGGCUGAGAAGCUCGCCGGGAGGAGGCCUCGAUGGGAGGCCAUUGCCGGGAGGCUGCCUGACCCUAGGGAAGGUGCUCAACAUGAAGUACAAGUAA